AUGGCUCAGCCUGUUAAUACCAAGAAGUACCUCGGGAAUCUCAAUCUCAUUUUUGUGGGUCAACAACCAAGUCACAUCUUGGACAACAGGCGCUGCGAUGGCCUCUUUCCAGAUCAUAAGUUGAAGUUCAUCUGGAAGCCUCGAGAAGGCGUUAAACAUAUCCCUUAUUGUCAACUUUGCGAAAGCUUCGCAGAAGGGGUGUUCUGGGAAAGAAAAAAUGGGUUGCUUCCAAACGCAUUGUAUUUAUAUACAGAAAAAGUCGCUCUUCUUUCUCCUUGA